CAUUCCUGUCGGUGGAGCGCGGGAGGGGAGUGACCACACACUGAUUCCAAUGGAAACACGGAGAAGCCCAUUAAAGAGUCCAAGGCAAGCCAGCAAGAUAAAAAUGAAAGUAAUCUCCCGUCACCUACUCUCCAUACGAUGAUAAUUUUCAGCAGUAUCAUUGCUUUGCUUUUGAAACUGUGCUUUGGAUUUUGAACCGUCACAUUGUACGAUCCAGAGUUUGGAAUAAUCAUGGAAAAAACACUGAGCAUGUCGCAUUCAGGGAGCAGUAAAGGAAAGUGGUCCGCGGAUCUGGGGAAUCCCGCACACAGACAGGCAAGAAGCGGCUCGUAUAGCCCGGGAACAGGGGCUGUCUCGGACACUCAAACGUCUCAGACCCAAAAGAGACACUUGGAGGGGGUUUUGAACAAAUACACCAAUUUACUUCAAGGUUGGCAGAACAGGUAUUUUGUGUUGGACCCUGAGCUCGGCCAGCUUCAGUAUUUCAUCAACGAACACAGUAAGAACCAGAAGCCACGAGGGUGCCUGCCCCUCAUCGGCUCCUCGGUGGCCCUAAGCGACGAGUUUCCUUAUAUGUUCACAGUCUAUGCUGCAAAUGGAGAUUUCUUCAAACUGCGGGCUUGUGAUGCGCGCGAGCAGCAGAUGUGGAUGACCCAGCUUCAGCUGUGCGCCCGUCGCCACUCAGACGGCGGUGCCAAGGGCUGCAUCUCCUCCUCCUCCUGCAACACCUCCACUUCCUCCUCCGCCGGCCGGACCCGCAGCUUCUCCCUGCAUCCGCACCCAGUCCCACAGUGCUCCUCCAUCUCCGCCCAAAGACAGACCCCCCAGCACGGAACUCCCGCCUCUGUCAUCUCCAUCACCCACCACAAGUCCCCCACCGCCAGCCACCGGGCCUGUAGUCAGCAUCCUGCAGGACUGCACCAGGUCAAAGAGGUCAUGUCCCAGGCAGAGGGCCAACAGAAGAACUUGGUGAAUUCCAUCGAGUCGCUGCCGAGCCGCGGGCCGCUGUCCUCCCUGGAUCAGGACCUGCUUCUGCUCAAAGCCACGUCUGCAGCCACACUCAGCUGUUUGGGAGAAUGCCUGAGUAUUCUUCAGCACAACGUGUGCCAAGCGGCCCAACACAUCACCCACAGCCACAUGCAGGGAUCCAAUACAGACAACAUUUCUAAUUGGUCAAGGCCCAAAUCUGCCUCAGAAGACCUUGUGAAGAAUGGAGAUUUGACACGUAACAGCCCCUCAACGAGACAUCAGCCCCACUCCCCACUUCACAGGAACAAAGAACGGCUCAAAGACACAGAGCAGAACUCCAGCCCAGAAUCGGUGGACUCCAGCGAGGAGAUCACAGACACAGAAGAUAAUGAGGAGGAAGACCUCGGUGUCUUGGAUGACCAGAGGAGCAUCAUCCUCCAUCUGCUGUCUCAACUCAAACUGGGCAUGGACCUCACACGGGUUGUGUUGCCCACGUUCAUUCUAGAGAAGCGCUCUCUUUUGGAGAUGUAUGCCAACUUCAUGGCCCAUCCGGAUGCGUUUUUGGCCAUCACAUCCGGAGCGACGCCAGAGGAACGCAUGAUCCGGUUUGUGGAAUACUACUUGACCGCUUUCCACGAGGGUCGUAAAGGUGCUGUGGCCAAGAAGCCUUACAACCCCAUUCUGGGGGAGAGCUUCCACUGCACAUGGGACGUACCGCGAGAUAAGGUGCGGCCCCUCAGGACUACCAGCUCAAGUCCAGCCCCUGCGGCAGCUCAUGCCACCCAGACGGCCUCCAGUGAAGGGUUAGGAUCUUACCGGCUACGUUUUGUGGCGGAGCAGGUGUCCCACCACCCGCCGGUUUCGGGAUUCUACUGCGAGUGCAAAGAACGGCAGAUAUGCGUCAACACUCAUGUUUGGACUAAAAGCAAAUUCAUGGGCAUGUCCAUAGGAGUGUCAAUGGUGGGAGAAGGAGUGCUACAUCUCUUGGAGCAUGACGAAGAGUAUGUGUUCACGUUGCCGUCUGCCUACGCCCGCUCCAUCCUCACCGUGCCCUGGGUGGAGCUGGGCGGGAAAGUUUCCAUCUGCUGCGCCAAAAGCGGAUACUCUGCCACCGUCACAUUCCACACCAAACCCUUCUAUGGAGGGAAAGUUCACAGAGUCAUGGCUGAGGUAAAACACAACCCCACUGGCACCAUUGUCUGCAAGGCUCAGGGCGAGUGGAACGGGACGCUGGAGUUCACCUACAGCAGUGGAGAGACCAAAGUGAUCGACACCUCCAAACUGCCAGUUAUUAAGAAAAAGAUCCGGCCACUGGAGAAACAGGGCCAGUAUGAAUCAAGGCGGCUGUGGCAGCAUGUGACAGCGGCACUGAAAGCCGGUGACAUCGAUGCGGCCACUGAACACAAACACCAGUUGGAGGAGAAACAGAGAAGAGAAGGGAAGCAGAGAACAGCCAGCAGCACCUCCUGGAAACCCAAGUACUUCAUUAAAGAGGGGGAUGGAUGGGUGUACCACAAUCCUCUGUGGAAGACGAAGUGAUGAAGUGAAGCGGGAGCCACAUGAUUUGGGUCCGUCACAGACCUCCAGCCCCGCGUUUGGGAGUGUCCACGUGAGCGAGGGGCUGGCCGACCAACGGGACUCAAACAGCAGGGAAAGACAUUGAUUUAUUUCUCCAACUCGGAGAAUGGAAGGUGCCAAAAACAAAAUAUAUACUCGAGGGUGAGAAAAAUACCUCAAAAGCCCCUCUGGAUGAUGAAGAUUAGAUGUGGAGGCCUGAAUUGUGUAACCUUGUGCAAUAUCUUUAUAUUUGUAAAUUACUUCUGGUAAUCAAUACUGAGAUUUUUUUCCACACAGGAGAGAUGUAGCAUCUGUAUCAGAGUAUAACUGUUAUAUAACUGGUAUUUUAGAACACCGUUAAAGCAGAUAUUGAUGCAAGCAGCAUUCUGGGUAUUUGAGAGCAGUGAGUAUGUGAGUUAAGUAUUCAUGUUCAAUAGAGCUCACCUCUCAUGUUCUUACGGUUUUAUUUGAAUGACUGAAUCGAUCUUACCAUAUGAGGACAGUGUUGUGCUUCACUUAAGUUUCCUGAAGAAAGAAUAAAAUGGAUAUCUAAAGGAAUAGAUUUUAAAAUCA